AUGGGUUCCACCGACGCGGUUGCUGCCAUCCAGACGGCCUUUACGACCGACCAAAUCCUUCUCCCUGGUAACGACCUAUACGAGAAGCGCAAUGGUUCAUACCUCUCACAGCUCGAGGGCGAUAUCAAGCCGGCUUGCAUUUUCCAGCCUAGGACAAAGGAAGAGGUGUCACAGUUCGUGAAGCUCAUCAAGCCUUUUGUGGGGGAUGGCAAGGUGGCUUUCGCCAUUCGUGGCUGCGGCAACAUGCCCGCCCCAGGCUGCGCGAACAUCGAGGGAGGUAUCACACUGGACUUGGGCCUACUGACCGAGCUGUCGCUCGGUGAAAAUACCGUGUCAGUCGGCGCUGGAGUACCUUGGGCUGCCGUCAACGAGACCGUGCAAGAUGCUGGGCGUGGCGUCACAGGUGGUAGAGCUGGAAAAGGCGGAAUCGGAGGACUGGCAUUGGCUGGUGGUCUGUCUUUCUUCUCGUCUCGCGAAGGUUUCAUCUGCGACAACGUGUUCAGCUUCGAAAUCGUGCUAGCUUCGGGUGAAAUCGUAAAUGCCAGCGCGAAGGAGAACUCGGACUUAUGGAAAGCUUUGAAGGGAGGCUCAAACAACUUUGGCAUAGUCACCAAGUUUGAGCUCCUCACGUUCAAACAGGGGCCUUUCUGGGGCGGCAAUAUUUACUACUUUCCUCCAAGUUUUCCUUCCCAGAUUGAUGCUCUGGUCAAUGAGUUGCAGAAGCCGGACGCGGAUCCUGAAACACAUCUUAUGGUGAGCAUUGGGUAUGCAGCACAAUUUGGAGGAUCCGCUUGCAUGAAUACGGUGUACUACACCAAAGAAGGAGUUGAGGAUCCACCUGUGCUCAAGCCUUUUACUGCUAUCGAGCCCCAGAUCCCACAGCUCAAUUCACUGAAGACGAUCACUUUGACGGAAGCAGCUGCGGGUCAAGAUGCAGGCGUGUCACUUCAAACGCGCUGCGCCUACAUGAACCUGUCCGUCAAAGCCGAUGCGGCGACUUUGAAAGCCGCUUCUGACAUUUACACGGCGGCUUUUGAGCCUAUAAAGGAUGCAGCUGGCCUUAUCUGCUCGCUGACUUUCCAGCCCUACGCUGUAUCGCUCCUAGAACAGUCCGUCGCUAAAGGCGGCAACUCACUCGGUCUUCUGCCCAGGGAUGGUGCUGUUGUAUCAGUGCUCCUGCUGACAUAUUGGGGCUCGAAAGACGACGAUGAGCGGAUUAUCGCUGCCUUUAAAGGGGCCCUGGAGAAGAUCCGCGUGGUGGCACAGGAGAACGGCACGUUGCGCGACCAUGUUUACCUCAACUACUCAUUCAACUUCCAAGACCCGAUUAGUUCAUACGGCGAGGAGAAUAAGAGAUCAUUGCAAGAAGUGAGUAAGAAGUAUGAUCCAGAGGGGUUGUUCCAGAAGGGCGUGCCUGGGGGUUUCAAAUUAUUUUAG